CGAGCGCGAGGGCGCACACUUUGUCAUCAUCUCAGUGACAACUUAAUCGUGCACUAAUCGCAAUAUAGCAAGGAGUGACGUAAUAAUCCCAGGAAGGGGUUGCGUGGUGAAGAAGAUAAAGGAAGAAGAGUUUCGAAACAACGGAGCAUUGAUUAGUUUGGGCGCCUGUGUGCGUACGCGUGUGUGUGUGGUUUGUUUGUGACCGACGGUCGUGGUGGUAGUGGUGAGCAACAUUGAAGAAGACCAAGAGGAAAAGUUCAGGAAGUGUGUUGAAUGUAAGUGCGACAGGAAUAUCGAACGCAAAUGGGUUUCUCGUCGGCGCUGCAAGGGCGGGCGGCGCACGAAGCGCUGCUCAACCGCCAGGAAGCCGAGCUGAAGUUGCUGGAGACGAUGAAACGCUGCAUGAUACAGAAGAGCAAGUGCGACAAAGAGUAUGCAGCAUCCCUGGUUGCCGUGACCCAGCAGGGUCUCAAGAUCGACCGGACCGAUGAUCUCCAGGGCAGCCACAUCACCCGGGCCUGGCGGACCUUCAUGGAGGAACUGGAGCACACGGCCAAGCAGAUCAAAGCCAACGCCGAACAGCUGGAGUCGGUCUGUCUGGACAAGUUGGCCCAUUUGUACCAGGACAAACGGCGGGUGCGAAAGCAGUACCAGGAAGAGCACACCAAGAUUGCAACGAAAUUCAGCCAUAUGACAGAAGAUGUCGCCCGGAAGAAAAGCGAAUACCAGAAGCAUUUAGAGUACUACAAACUGCUGCGGGGGCGGUUUGAGGAAAUCAUCAAAUCGGGUCGCUCCGGUCGCAAAUUGGACGACGUCAUCGACAAGUAUCAGAAAGCCUGCCGGAAGCUCCACCUGGCCCACAACGAGUACGUCCUGCUGCUGAGCGAGGCGGCCGAAAUCGAAAAGGACAUCCGGACGAUCCUGAUGCCGGGUCUGCUCGAACACCAACAGUCCCAGCAGGAGGGCUUCAUUCUCACAUGGCGCAACCUGCUGCAGGAAGUGUCCAAACUGGGCGAUACCACGUCGGACAAGUUCAGCGAAAUCCAGCAGCGGAUAGAGACCAACAUUAGCAGUAUCAGCCCGGCCGAGGAGUACCGGGAGUUCACCGAAAAGCACAAAACGACCCCCACCGCCCCAGUGAUAUUCCAGUUCGACGAUUCGCUGAUCGAGGACAGCCUAGGGAAGUUGCAGGCCAACACCCUGACGGUGGACAAUCUGACGGUGGACUGGCUCAAGGCCCGGCAGACCGAGCUCGAAGCGUCAAUCAAGGAUCUCCAGGAGGCACAGACCAAGCAGCAGCAACAGGACCAGAACGGAGUGAACGGGACGGCUGCCAACAACACCAACAGCACCAACGGAAGCGCCACGAAACCAUCCACGCCGAUCCUGAACGGGUCCAACGGAACUAGCGUUAAGGAUAGUAGUAAUAAGAAUUCCAAGGAACUGAUAGCGUUGCGAUGUCAGGAACGGCAGAUGCAGAAGCAAGUGGAAAUGAUCCGAGCCGCCCUGAAUGACGUGGGCUGUGAGGAACUGCCGUCCGGGUGCGAUGACCUGUCCACGAUGGAGCAUCUGAUAGAGAACAAAAAAGCCGUUAGCCAAGAUCUGUCGGAGGACUCACACAAUGCAUCGACGACGCCGUUCUUCUCGACGAAGGGCGGUACGGCCAGCGGGGUAAUAUCGCUGCUCAGGGACCAAUUCCGUCGUAAGUCCGGCCCUAUUGCCGGCGCCUCUUUGCUAACCGUCAAGGAUUCACCCGCAUCGACGCCCCGGCCUACCCAGAAGCUGCUGUUGAAGAAUGGCAAUCAUCAGGGUUCAUCAACGGUAAAUGAGUGUGAACCCCCGAUGAGUGAAGAGAAUGUGUACGUUGAGCCUGUUGAAGCGAGAGUUGACGCUACUAACCGCCCGGAUCCGGAGUAUCCGGAAAACCGUGUGUCCACUAACACCUAUGUUGAUAUGGAAGCUAACCUGCUGCAGGCUGACGCUGCCGAUACUAACGACGUGGUGGGGCUUAGGUUUGAUGAGGGCUUUACUAACCACCAUAGGUUGUUGAGUUGCGACGAUGGAGUGGCGAGCUACAAGCGGCUGAAGGGAAGCGAAGAAAGUGAGGUUAUGUUGCUGAAUUCGCUGAACUCGCCGGAGAAUCAAUCCACCUCGGAUGAGCUGUAUGCGAACGAUAUGAAUGAUUCGAAAAAUAAUCUCCUACAGGAAGAUUCAUACGAGGAACCACAGGUGAUGCUAAAUUCGUCCAUUGAUGCCCAUUUGGACAGCAUCGAUGAGUUGAAUUCCAAAUUGGAUCAGAAGCUGUUCUCGAAAGCGACGGAACAGAAUGAAUACAGCAACGUCCCAUCGAAUCCGGAUGUCGUAUCCAAACUGGAAAAAGGCCCGGAGAAAGCUAGUUUCCGCGAUAAAAUCAAGCGGAAAAUCAAGAUCAAAAGUUCCAAUUCGGAAGCGGCGGACCGGGACCAGCGGCUGGACGAAGUGGACGAACCGGGCAACAGUUUUGCCGACCGCCUACGCAGUAAAGUGUCCAAUCUGAAGAAGAACGAUAACGAUCAGUUCAAACUGAUGAAAAAUGAAUCCGGCUCGGCGGCGGAAACCCCUCGGGGGGAGGUGGUGGACGAAAGGAAGAAGAAGAAGAAAAAGAAACGCAACAACAAAAAUCGCAAUCAAACGUUCUCCGAGGACGAACUGCUCGGCGAGGACGGGGACGAAUCGAAGCUAAACGAAUCGGGACACCCACCGUCUCAACCUCCCGGUGCCGGUGGCGGCGGGGAGGAGAAAAUGACCUCCUUUUCCAACACGGUCAUGUCCACCUUUCGGGAGAUAAUGCACUCCACCAAUAAGGUAAAAGAUUCCUCCCUAAACAUGGCACUGCGCCAGCACCAUCAUCAUCAAGCCGGAUCGGCGGGAAGGGAGGAGAAAGUAGAUCUAAUUAGCAGCAGCAGCAGCAGCAACGGCAAGGACGCCAAUCGACUAACGGCGAUAAAAUUCAUUUUCUCCGACAACCGCCAAGACUCUGCCGGUUCGACACCGACCACCCCGGAACAUACCAUUACCGAAAUGAGCGAAUCCCAUUACUCCCUUCCCGCCAACAAUGGCAGCGUGAUGGUGAUGGGUGCGAACGAAAGCGUCGAGCUGAAGCAGCACCCCGAUUGCAGCAACAAAGGCGCAACAACGGAACAUACGUCGUCGACGAAGCUUUCCUCGCUGUUGAAACAUAACCUUAAAAAUCGCUUCAAUAAACUGCACCAGAAGAUGCCGAAACUGCUGCAAAGUAGCAGCAGUAGCAGUAACAGCCCGGCAGGGGAGCAGCGCCAGCAGCAGACUGAUCCGAAAUUAUGUCGGGCCUGCAGUCUUCGCUUCCGGCGGCUCCAUCCCAGCAAGACGGUGCUUGAUUUUACCAAAGAAUUCCCCAACGGAGGCCGAUUUUGUCGCAGCCACGGCGGUGUGUACGGUCCCGAUGAACCGGUGGAUGACGAUGGAAACGGGGAGGACGACGACGGUGAGGAUUGGUGUGGUGUGUCCGAGAUGCUUAAUCUCGACUAUGAGGAUAUUGAUGUUAUUACUAUUAAGAUCCAUAACAACUAUGCUACAACUAAUACCGCUGCUAGUGAUGAUGGUGAUGAUCGUGAUAAUGGUGUUAAUGAUGAUGAUGAUGAUAAUAAUGGCGAUGGUAUGACCCUAUCGACGAACCGGCCGCUCUACGAAGAGGAAUGGUUCCACGGGGUGCUCCCCCGGGAGGAGGUUGUCCGAUUGCUGCGCAACGAAGGCGACUUCCUGGUACGGGAGACGACCCGCAACGACGAGAGCCAAACCGUGCUCAGUGUCUGCUGGAACGGACACAAGCACUUCAUCGUGCAGACGACGGCCGAGGGCCACUACCGCUUCGAAGGUCCAGCAUUUCCCAGUAUACAGGAGUUGAUCCUACACCAGUACCAGUCGGAGCUACCGGUCACGGGGCGUUCCGGAGCAGUCCUUCGCAAACCAGUAUUAAGGGAACGAUGGGAGCUUAGCAAUGACGAUGUGAUACUGUUAGAUAAGAUCGGAAGGGGCAACUUCGGCGACGUGUACAAAGCCAAGCUCAAGUCGUCGAAGAAUACGCUGGUCGCGGUGAAAACCUGCCGGAUGACGCUACCGGAAGAGCAGAAACGGAAGUUCCUGCAGGAAGGCCGAAUCCUCAAGCAGUACGACCAUCCGAACAUUGUCAAGCUGAUCGGGAUCUGCGUCCAGAAGCAACCGAUCAUGAUCGUGAUGGAGCUGGUUUCGGGCGGUUCGCUGUUGAUGUUCCUGCGCAAGAAUACGGCGACCCUGACGCAGAAGCAACUGAUGGCCAUGUGCCGCGAUGCGGCAGCAGGAAUGCGCUACCUGGAGUCGAAGAACUGCAUCCACCGGGAUCUGGCGGCGAGAAACUGUCUGAUCGGCAGCGAAAACAUCGUCAAAAUCUCCGACUUUGGAAUGUCCCGCGAGGAAGAAGAAUACAUUGUGUCCGGUGGCAUGAAGCAGAUCCCCAUCAAGUGGACCGCUCCGGAGGCACUCAACUUCGGCAAGUACACCUCCAUGUGCGACGUGUGGUCCUACGGCAUUCUGGUGUGGGAGAUCUUCAGCCGAGGGGACACGCCCUACUCGGGCCUGAGUAAUUCCCGCGCCCGUGAGCGGAUCGACGAGGGCUACCGGAUGCCAGCGCCGGACAAUACCCCACCGGAGAUGUACCGACUGAUGCUCAAAUGUUGGUCCUACGAGUCGGAGAAUCGACCGCACUUUGACGAGAUCUACACCGUGGUGGACGCCCUGAUGAUGUGUGCCAAGGACUAGCGAAGAAGGAUCACAGCGCGGUCAAACGCGGCUCGGUCGAAACAAACGCAACGUUGUCUUUCUUGCAAUAACAACAACAACAACAGCAAACCGGACGGGUCCGCCGGUGGAAGUAGGCCCACAAAACGACGACGACGACCCAAAGCGUACUUUUGCUCAUCGGUGGCAAUGCUUGCUGCCAAGACUUGAGGGAUCAUGCGAGCCGUAGACUUGCGUUGCCGAGCUUUUUCUAAACAAAAAAUUCUCGUUGUUUUAAUUUAUUGAAUUUUAACUUCUUUUGAGUUGCUGCAAAUGUUUUUUUUUAUUAUUCGGGACAACGAACAAGUGGAUCGAGAUUUGAUUGCUAGCUAGACAGAGAACCGAGUUUUGUUUAUAGGGACAAGUUUAGGUGUUUAGGAGAAUGAAUUGAACGACUGUGCUGAAUGUGGCCAAAAAUCCCAAGGCAAGCGAGAAAGUGAUUGUUUUUAACGGUGUACCUUUAUAGAGUUGACGGACGAAGACGACGAGCGCAGUUGAAAGUUGAAGGGAACAUGUUUUGUGAUGUGCGAAGAUUUUAUCGAUUAGUUAAGACACGUUAGCUUGUUAAGCGCAGUUUAUAUUUGAAUUGAUCUAGGAAUGAUAAAGUAUAUUAGAAACGAACACAAAUAUCACACGCUUAUUCUAGAAUGGCUUCGUUGUGCAGCUCAAUUUGCAAACGCUCACAAUUUUUUGUACAUGCAAGCUUAUUUAUAGGGGAUCUUAUAUUUAAAACAAACAUAGUAAAAGUCCAACCAUAGAAAUCAACUCUCAACAAAUAAUAAUAAUAAAAAAAAAAGGUUUCUCCAAGAGCCGUGUGACGUUGCGUGAGAAUGUUCCAUUGCCAUUUGCGACUAACUGCCAUCCUUGAGCCUUGAGGGGUGGAAUAUUCUCGCCGGAACCGGAAGCGCGUAUUUAACGGUUUAUAUACAACAUACAAACACAGACACACACACGUAUUUAAAUAUAAUACUCUCUAUCAUCUACUUAUACCUAAAUACUGCUGACGUAUAUCGCGUAGCUAGCUCCGACGAGAAGCACAUUUUGCUCUAGAUAUGAACUCUGUACUGCAACAACAACAACAACAACAACAACCUUACGGUAAGUUACGGACUUUGAAAUCGAAAAAAAAAGCAUCCUUCUGAAAAUCAAAAUAUAAUUGUAAUAUUUACAUAAUAUUAAAUAGUACGCUAAAAAAUAUUUUAUAAAAAAA